AUGAAAUUCCAAUUCAGGGGCACUGGGGCAGAGCUAGGGCGGCGCAAUGUAAUUGAUCGUGCCAUUGGUUCUGGACUCCUCAUUCGGGUACUUGAACUCCAGUUUCCAGCCAAGGAAGCGGGAUUGCCAGAGGGAUGUGAAAGCGCCGAUGUUCUGCCUGCUCUAGCCUUUCAAAGAAAUCUCUUUGCUGCAAUUGAUAUACUACAAGACCAAGCUGAAAAAUUGCUUGAAGAGAUAAAGCCUAAGCCAAGUUGCAUUAUUUGUGAUACGCAUAUUGCUUGGAUAGCUGAGACAGCUGAUAAGUUUCAGAUUCCAAGAAUCAUUUUUGAUGGAAUGAGAACACUUUGCAUACAAGAUAUUCGUAACAAGAUACGAACAACUGAGGAAAGAGCUUAUGGGGUUGUGAUCAAUACUUUCGAGGAGUUGGAACAAAGGUAUGUUGAUAAAAUCCGAAGGCUUAAAGAUGGUAGAGUUUGGUGUAUUGGACCUUUGUCUCUUUGUAAUAAUGACAAUCUAGACAAAUCUCAGAGAGGGAAUAAGGCCUCAUUUCACAAAGAGGACAAGGACAGUUUGAUAAAAUGGCUUGAUUCUUGGCCGCCAGAGUCUGUUGUGUAUGCGUGUCUUGGAAGCCUCGGUCGUAUUACAGUUGUACAAUUUGUGGAGCUAGCUUUAGGCCUGGAAGCCUCAGGUUAUCCAUUCAUUUUAGUCAUAAAAGCAGGAGAAGGACAAGAACCAAUAGAUGACUGGAUAUCCAAAAAUGGAUUUGAAAAAAGAACAAAAGAAAGAGGGCUUUUGAUCCAAGGCUGGGCACCACAAGUAUUGAUUCUAUCACACCCUUCAAUUGGUGGAUUCUUGACUCAUUGUUGUUGGAAUUCGACCCUUGAGGGGAUUGCUGCUGGUGUACCAGUGAUCACUUGGCCUUUAUUUUCCGAGCAGUUUCUGAAUGAGAGAUACUUAGUACAUGUCUUGAAGAUGGGUGUGAGUGUUGGAUCUCAAGGAGUUAUGCAUCUGGGAGAGGAAGAGAAUCCUGAAGUCCAAGUAAACAAAGAAGAAGUGACUAAAGCUAUCAAAAAAGUGACGGCCAAAGAGAAAGAAAUAAAUGAUUGGAGAAAAAGAGCCAAAGAACUGCAGAAAAGGCAGUAG